AUCCACUCGUCGUUCAACAGCCCAACCGAGCCAAAAAUGAAUAAUAUUGAUCUGGGACGAUAUAAGCGUAUGAUACAAUAUUUCUGGGAUGCCGAACCCAAGAACGAAGAAGGUCCAGGGUCGAAGAUAUGGUGUUUGGGGAAUGAGUAUGUGACGCCAGAGAAGGAUGAGUUCCCCGCAGGCAGCAAUAGCAACAUCAACGCCGGUCAAACAGCAGAUUCAAGCAGGAAUACAGCACCAGAAAAUAUACAAAUACACGAUAGCAAAGAUCACAGACCCUCAAAAUCCGAUAACCAAGACCCAACAACGACCGACUCCGCACCAACAACAACAGAAACAGCGGCAGGGACAGAAUCAACCAAGAGUCUCGGCUGGCCCAAAGCGUUUCUCGAUGACUUUGAAUGCAGAAUCUGGAUGACAUAUAGAUCAGGGUUUCCGCCCAUCGCAAGAUCCGAAGAUGCAAAUGCAGCGCAAGCAAUGACGCUCAGCGUCCGGCUACGAAGUCAGUUGACAGAGCACCACCAAGGGUUUACGUCGGAUACUGGUUGGGGUUGUAUGAUUCGGUCUGGACAGAGUCUUUUGGCGAAUGCAUUGGCUAUUUCGAGACUGGGGCGAGACUGGCGUCGAGGGAGUAAUUCAACAGAAGAGAAUAGGUUACUUUCAUUGUUCGCAGAUGACCCAGCUGCUCCAUUCUCAAUCCAUAAGUUUGUGAGACACGGCGCUCUAUACUGCGGGAAACAUCCCGGUGAAUGGUUCGGUCCUUCAGCGACAGCUACAUGUAUACAAGCACUCUCCGACGAAUACAAGGACGCGGGCAUGAAUGUCUACGUAAGCAGCGAUAACACAUAUGUCUAUGAAGACAAAUUCAAAGCAGUCGCAUACAACCAGUCAGAUCGCAUGCGACCUACUCUGAUACUUCUCGGGACAAGGCUGGGGAUUGACCGAAUCACGCCAGUUUAUCGAAAGGGACUCGAAGAUCUUCUAAAACUGCCACAGGCGCUGGGAAUUGCAGGUGGUCGCCCAUCAGCGUCUCAUUACUUCAUCGGAGUCCAGAAUUCAUUCUUCUUCUAUCUCGAUCCACACCAUACUCGUCCCGCGCUUCCGUACAAAACCGGCGAUCUCGCAUAUACCCAAGAAGAAAUUGAUAGUUGCCAUACACGUCGCCUUCGACGCAUUCAUAUCGACGAUAUGGACCCGAGUAUGUUGGUUGGAUUUUUGAUCAGAGACGAAAAUGACUGGAUGGACUGGAAACGGCGUAUAACUUCAUCGCGUCCGGAGAAUGGAAAGGCGAUUAUUCACAUUGUCGACACUAAAAAUGUGCCGACACCAACGAUGGAGAGAGAAGCGGCGCUGGAUGAGGUUGAAGUUCUCGACGAUGACGAGGAUAGCGAGUUAGUGUAGACGUUGCGUUACAAACUGAUAAUAAAGUACGAAUGCACAGCAGUAUUGAAUGCACUAAAGCUUGAUUUCAAGAUCUAGUUAGAGGUUGGAAUUGUUCUGAACAAUAUCCCCAAUUCCAGCGUUAUGUUACACCUUCACCACUUGGAAUCACAAACCGUAAAAUCAUUUCGGCCGAAGGUAUUCAGGAUGAAAAAAAAAGUAGAAAUAAAAACAGACCGUCCCAUGACACAUUAGAGAAACCCGCGAACACCCAGUUAACCCGCCGCCUCCAAGUUGCCAGAGCGCGAAGCAGCAAAAUCAAACAAUGAAAAAAAAAAAAAUGUAAUUGACAUAAACAGAAAAGCAAAGAGAAAGCGAGACGCUUAUUUGGCGGAUGAAGAGUACUUGGUGACAGCCUUGGUUCCUUCCGAAACGGCGUGCUUGGCCAAUUCACCGGGGAGGAUCAGGCGAACCGAAGUCUGGAUCUCUCGGGAAGAGAUGGUGGAUUUCUUGUUGUAG